GAGAGAGAGCACUCUGGGAAGGGGCAGGGUCCCUCUGUGUGAGUGGUCUAAACACUGAUAAGAGCAACCUUCCUGUCUAACCCUGGAGUCGGCUUGUGGCUGUGGAACAGCAUGGCGACCGCAGGGAAGGUGAUUCGGUGCAAAGCAGCUGUGGCAUGGGGCCCGGGGAAACCCCUGGUGAUGGAGGAGGUGGAGGUGGAACCUCCAAAAGCCGGCGAGGUCCGCAUCAAGAUCGCAGCCACGGGGAUUUGUCACACUGACUCCUACACGCUGAGCGGCUCAGACCCCGAGGGAGUCUUCCCCGUGGUGCUGGGACACGAGGGAGCCGGCACCGUGGAGAGCGUGGGAGAGGGAGUCACCAAGUUUAAGCCAGGCGACACGGUCAUACCCUUGUACGUCCCACAGUGUGGAGAGUGCAAGUUCUGCAAGAAUCCCAAAACCAAUUUAUGUCAAAAGAUCAGGCUCACUCAGGGCAAAGGCCUAAUGCCUGAUGGGACCACUCGCUUCUCCUGCAAAGGACAGAGCCUCUUCCACUUCAUGGGCUGCAGCACCUUCUCCGAAUACACUGUGGUUGCUGAUAUUUCUCUGGCCAAAGUAGACCAGAGGGCUCCUCUGGAAAAAGUGUGUCUGCUGGGCUGUGGCAUCUCCACAGGCUACGGGGCUGCUCUCAACACUGCCAAGGUGGAGGCGGGCUCCACCUGCGCCGUGUUCGGCCUCGGGGCUCUGGGCCUCGCCGCGAUAAUGGGCUGCAAAGCGGCCGGGGCCGGCAGGAUCAUCGGCAUCGAUCUCAAUCCCGACAAGUUUAAAACCGCUCGCGAGUUUGGGGCCACAGACCUGGUGAACCCGAAAGACCACAGCAAGCCCAUCCAGGAGGUGCUGGUGGAGAUGACAGACGGAGGCGUGGACUACUCCUUUGAAUGCGUAGGCAACGUGGCGAUCAUGAGGGCAGCUCUGGAGGCCUGCCAUAAAGGAUGGGGCACCAGCGUCAUUAUCGGAGUGGCUGCUGCAGGGCAAGAGAUCUCCACCCGGCCGUUCCAGCUGGUGACCGGACGCACCUGGAAAGGCACCGCCUUCGGAGGUUACAAAAGCGUGGACAGUGUCCCCAAACUGGUGGAUGAAUACAUGCAGAAGAAGCUGAAAGUGGACGAGUUUGUGACUCACAUCCUGCCCUUUGAGAAGAUCACCAAUGGGUUCGAUCUCAUGCACGCUGGGAAAUGCAUCCGCGUCGUCCUUCAGCUCUAGACACGGAGGAGCAGAGCGUGACAAUCUGCUGCGCUGUUUACACGUUUAUUCGCCUCACUUUAAUAAAUCUUUCAAUUCCCCAAGUGUUUGUCUUAUUGGGACAAUGUGCUGUCAGAGAGAAGCGUAUACAGUACUCACUGGGAGAAAACUGAGAGGACGAAACAGAAAACCAAACAGGAUUAUUCAGAAACGUUCUUUGAUCUUGAGUGAAUGAAUAAUAAUAUCGUACAACCGCAACUGCUGAGGGAUCCAUUUUUUGGGAACAGUGCGGCCACAGAAGUCAGAUUAUACUGUGCUGCACAUGAAGUUCACAGUGUUUUG